AAGUCAGAAAGAGAGAGUGGAAGAGUGAGAGGAGAAGAGAGUCAGAAAGAGAAACUUGGAGAGAAACAAAGAAUGACAAGCUAGUGAGACGGAGAUCUCCAGAGCAGUACAGGAGAGCUCCACUGCCUUCCUUCCUUUCUUCUUUUUCCUUGACGGAUAUAAAGCCGUGACUGGCUAUGCCAUGCUGGCCCAGAGGAACGGGGGGGUCUCCGCCAGGGGCUGUGAGAAUACAGUGCCCCUGAAGGAUUGCCCUGACCUGGUGCAUCUGGUGGAUGUAGAGGUGGGCUGUUCCCCCUCGGCAGGGGACUGUCCCUGGGCUCGCCUGGUCGGGUUUGAAGGCUGCCUGUCGGAGCCCUACUGCCUGUGGUUCCAGCUGCUAGCCCGGGCUUACUGGGGGGACGUGGAACUAGGGCUGAGGGGGGAGACGGACAGGAGAGUGUCCUGGGGCAAACUCAGAGAAGCAUCCAGGAGGAACUGUGUUCGAUCUAGGGCCAAACAGAAGGAUGGGCGUGACCAGAGCGAGGCGUCGGCCACAGCGACAGGGUCCCCAGGCGGGGGGGAGGAUGAGCGCUUCUCCUGGCCGGGCCCCAAGACGCUCCGGCUGCAGCGCACCUCGCAGGGUUUCGGCUUCACGCUGCGCCACUUCAUCGUCUACCCGCCUGAGUCAGCCGUCCACUCUUCUCUCAAGGAUGAGGACAAUGACAGUAGAGGCUUUGAAUAG